AUGGAAAUGCACUCUUUUGACUUUUUUAACCAUUCGCAAUUCUGCUCGGGAAAGUGUCAGAGUCGCAACUAUAUGGUACCAAAAGAAAAGGGUCCAGAUGAACGAAGAAAAGUGGCAGAACUACUCAACCCUGGUCUUUUCACUUCAAAUGAUGACAACCUGGCUGGUGGCAACGCGUCACAUUUAAUGGGAUUACACGGUUUCGCGAACAUUGGGAGCAACACCAACGCCAUCACAGCCCAUGCAUCUACUGGUGAUACUAUCACUAUCAAUAAUAACAAUAACCACCAUAACAGCAACAGCGAUGCACUGUCUCGGUUCACAUUGUCGUCGAUCAACUCCACUUUACGGCAUGGUGUCGACGAACUCAUGGACGGUGCAACAAAAGUGAAGCGAGAAUGGCCCGCAGCGAUAACUGAGCAAAUGCUACGGUUGAUGAUGACGGAGCCGAUCUUCUUUUGGAACGAGAUGAGUAAAUUCGGUCUCGUAGAUCAGUUUGUUGAUCCGCUGCUGGAAUGCCUCCGCAGUGUAAAACGUGCUGCAAAUACUGGUGGUCUCUUUUGGGCAGCUCCGGCACUAACACACAUCAUUUCUGUGCUCAAUGUGGGUGAUCUGGUGGUGAGAAGCAUUCGUUCGAAACCAUGGAGAGAGCUUCACUCCAAUUUAUUGUCUAACGGCGGUCGAAAGCGUCCAAUAGAUGAAUCACCACAAAGCACUCAGUCUCGAAACUCUCCAGAUGUUAAACGCCCUCGGGUACAGUAUCCCACGACCGUUAUGACGGCG